AUGGUUCAGAACGCCAGAAACGUGAGGCAUGGUAGAAGUGCUGGUAGAGGCGCUAGUAGAGGUGUAGGUAGGAAUGUGAGUGGUGAAGCUACUCCUGAAGGGGUAGCUAACAUCCCCAUAGGACGAGAAGAUCAUUCCCAAACUGGAACGAACUCUCAAGCUGACACUCGAGAUGUUCGUGAACUUGCUGCGGCUGUGUUAGUUCAAACACAACAAAAUGCUCAAAUCCUGCAAAUCACUCGUGAUCAUCAACUUUUUCAGCAACAGCAAAGAGAAAUUGUGCAUGAAGCUACGAGAUUGAACUCGUUUCUGAAAGGUAAACCACCACAAUUUCGUGGUGACUUUAAUCCGGAGGGUGCUGAGAAAUGGUUGCAAGAGAUAGAGAAGAUAUUUUCUUUCACUCACUGUAGAGAGAAUAGAAGAGUCGGUUAUGCAACAUUCAUGCUGACAGGCGACGCUGAAGCCUGGUGGAGAGGAAAACAUAGAUUAUUGGAAGAGGAAGGAAGAGAGAUCAACUGGAUCUUGUUCAAAGAAGAAUUUUUGGGGAAGUAUUUUCCAAAGCUAUGUAGGAAAGAGAAGGAGAGAGAAUUCCAGAACCUGCGUCAAGGUAUGAUGACGGUGGGAGAGUAUACUAGGAAGUUUGAAUCCUUGCUAAAGUAUUCUGAAUUUUACCGCUUGCAUCCAAGGGAAGAAUGGAUGUGUGAAAAGUAUCAAGAUGGAUUGAAAUAUGAUAUCCAGAGGGCGGUUCUACCUUUGCAUAUUAUGCGCUUUGGUGAGCUGAUAGAAAGAUGUUUGGAGUUGGAAGGAAUUGACAAUAGGAAGAAUCAAUAUGGAUCAGGAGUACUAACCCGAAACAACAAUCACAAGAGCCAUUUUAACCGAGGCCAUAGAGGAAGGACCCAACAAGGGGGUAGGCCAUAUCAAAGGCCUACACCAUAUCAUAACCAGGACUCUAGGAGGUUAAUGUUCAAGUGUUACAGCUGUGGAGGGGCACAUCUUAACAAUGAUUGUCCAAAUAGAAAUAUUGGAGCUUGUUUUCGUUGUGGUCAGAAGGGCCAUUUUCUCAAAGAUUGUCCCCUAGGACAAAAUCAACCAACAAGCCAGAAGAGUGUCCUAAUAAACAAUAACAAUGUAGGGAGAGCAAGGAACGGAGGCCCAAAUGUUGGUCAAGGACCUCAGAAUCAGAACAAGCCAACCACAGGAUGA